AUGUUGCUUUUUACGUUGUCAUUGUUUACUGUACUUACGUGUCCCACCAUCGCUUUCAAUGUUAAAAUUGAAGGCGAAGCACAGAAUGGAUACUAUUUGACUGUUCAUUUAGGAACUCCCCCUCAGAAGAUGAACCUUCUUCUUGAUACUGGUAGCAGUAAUAUUGCAGUAACUAUUAGUCCAACUGCAAGUCACGCUAAUUAUUUCAAGUUUCUUGAAUCUUCCACAUGGCGACCUUCCAAAAUCAAAAUUUUUUUGCGAUACGUUGAAGGAUCUUGGUCUGGAUAUUUGGCCACUGAUGUUUUAAAUCUUUGCAUGCCCAGCAACUGCUCAAUAGUUACAAAUAUUGGAUGUAUGACUUCAUCUGAAAACGUUUUUGAUGAGAACUCCCCAUUCGAAGGUACAUUAGGUCUCGCUUACCCUGCGCUUGCCAGACCUGACUCUUCCAUUCAAACAUUUUUUGAGACAUUUUCGGAAAUUCAAAAUAUUCCUGAUGUUUUUGCUGUAUCUCUUUGUGGCCCAUUUUUGAGUAGCAGUGAACAUACAACGUCCUGCGGUAAAUUACAUAUAGGUUAUAUUUCUAACAAUGAUAUUAAUGGAACAGUAAUGUAUACACCCAUUGUCAAGGAGUGGUAUUAUGAAAUAACUCUAACUAAUAUGAAAGUUGGGAACGAUGAUAUGCCUUUUGAUUGUCGUGAAUUAAAUCAACAUCAAACAAUAGUUGACUCUGGCACAACCCAGUUGAGUUUACCCAAGAAGAUAUACUACUGGACUAUUAAUACACUAAAAGGUCAUGUUAAAAAAACUUUACAUGAAGAAUUUUGGUAUAAUCAAUCAGAAUUAUGCUUUUUGAGGGAUGAUUUUGAUUCGUUUUCCUUUCCAAAUAUUACCUUAUCAGUUUAUUCCACCUAUAACAGCUCAUUUGAUCUUAUUAUCUCUCCUGAAUUGUACAUCCUCCGAACACAUAAUGAUGAUGAAACUUGUGCAAUUCUUGCUAUUGGGAGUUCGGAGUGGGGAACGACAAUUGGUGCUACAAUUUUGAAAGGUUUUUAUGUCGUUUUUAAUCGCCAAAUGAAGACUCUGGGAUUUGCCAACUCGACUUUUACUUCAAGCUCAAAGAGAUUUGUCUCUUUGGUUACAAACCUUGUUAGUGAAAGAAAAAAUUUUAAUCAAUGCAAAAGUGCUGAGAAUUCGGAAGAUACUGAAAUAUCCACUUUUACCAUCGUUUUACUAUGUUGUGCUGUGGUUUUUGCUGUAAUACUUUUAUACAUGCUGCUUUCUUGGAUAUGGCGCCAUUUCAUUUUGCGUUCAAAUGAGCUUUCUGACACUAGUAGCUUAGUUGAUGAAGAUGACGAAGAAUAUUGAACCGAAAAAUGGUGCAGCUGAAUGUAUGAAAUCAGCAAGCUAAUAACAUGUGAUAAAGUUUUAUUUAAACAUUGAGCACAAUGUUUUUACAUUUAAAUGUCUGAAGUGUUUUAUCGACAAUUUUUAUAUAUAAAUAUCUGAAGUGUUUUUUCGACAAAAGGUGCUUUUCUGUUAUAGGUUUUUCAUAGAACUUUUUAAAUCUUGGCUAUUGUCCAUUAUAUUUAUUAUCGCCAU